AUGGCGGCCGCGGCCGUGGCGGGAAGCUUCGCGGGCCCCGCCGCCUCCACGUCAUCGCCAGCCGAAGCGCCGCUUUCUUCCUCGGGCGAGAUUAAUUUGUCAGCUAGGAUUGCUCCAGCAGCAGCCCCCUCUAUGUUCUUGGUCCCUUCAUCUUCACCUGCAGAGAAUUUUGAUGAUGGUUCAAUGGAGGAACCCGAACAUCCUGAAAUAAAGACAAAUCUGCCAAAGGAAUCAGCUCCUUUUCUCAAAAAAGAGCCCAUUUCCAGUGGUUUGCCUACAAUGAGCUCUGAUGCCAAUGGAGAACAUGUCAUGGAUACCAAAUCUGUUCUGCCUCUAAUGCCAGAGGCGCCUCUUUGGUCAACAGCAGCUGAUGAAGAGCUUAUAUAUGCAAAGAAAGAGAUCAAUAAUGCACCAUUGACCUCAGACGACCCUGAUCUAUAUGCACCCCUGUUCCGGAAUGUGUCCAUCUUUAAAAGGAGUUAUGAACUGAUGGAGAGACUUCUUAAGGUUUUCAUAUAUCAUGAUGGAGCAAAACCUAUUUUCCAUUCCCCAGAGUUGAAAGGUAUCUACGCAUCUGAGGGAUGGUUUAUGAGAUUGAUGGAGACAAACCAGAAUUUUGUUGUGAGAGAUCCAAACAGAGCUCAUUUAUUCUAUCUCCCAUAUAGCUCUCGUCAACUGGAGCAUAACCUUUAUGUGCCUGGCUCAAAUACAAUUGAGCCACUGUCUAUCUUUGUUAAAAAUUACAUUGACUUAAUCUCGGCCAAGUACCCAUAUUGGAAUAGGACAAAAGGAGCUGAUCAUUUCUUUGUUGCUUGCCAUGACUGGGGGCCUUACACAACCAAAUUGCACGAUGAAUUGCGGAAGAACACUAUUAAAGCUCUCUGCAAUGCAGAUCUCUCUGAAGGAAUUUUUAUCCGUGGAAAAGAUGUUUCCCUUCCAGAAACAUUUCUUAGAUCACCAAGAAGACCUCUAAGAGAUAUUGGGGGAAGACCAGCCGCACAGAGAACUAUCCUGGCCUUCUUUGCAGGGCAGAUGCACGGUCGAGUUCGACCUGUACUUCUCAAGUAUUGGGGAGACAAGGAUGCUGAUAUGAGAAUAUAUAGUAGGCUGCCACACCGAAUCACUAGGAAGAGAAAUUAUGUUCAGCAUAUGAAGUCAAGCAAGUACUGUAUCUGUCCCAUGGGGUAUGAGGUAAACAGCCCGAGAAUAGUUGAGGCAAUAUAUUAUGAGUGUGUUCCAGUAAUAAUUGCCGACAAUUUUGUUCUCCCAUUUGAUGCUGCACUCAACUGGAGUGCAUUCUCUGUUGUCGUACCAGAAAGUGAUGUACCUAAGCUGAAGGAGAUCUUGUUGGCAAUACCCGAGAGUCGAUACAUAACCCUGCACUCAAAUGUGAAAAGGGUGCAGAAGCAUUUUCUGUGGCAUCCAAAUCCCGUCAAGUAUGACAUUUUCCACAUGAUACUACACUCAGUUUGGUUUAGCAGGGUAAAUCAGAUCCGUUAG